AUGGACCCAUCUUCCAGCACAAACCAAUUGCAACCCUACGUCAUUGAGACCUUCCCGAUAAACUGUAACAAGUUCUAUCGCGCAAUCAUAGACUCUAGCUUCUGGGGCAAGGUCAGCACCGAGAUGGGAUUCUAUGAUAUGAAUGAAGGCGGUUGGACAACAUCGCCAACAGGCUGUCAUCAAGAGAGAGAAUUAAACUUUAAGACACCAAUCUCGUUCAAGAUUGGACCAAAGGUGGCCAGUGUGUGCCAAAAGCAGCGCAUAAGACGUACACCAAACGGUGGCUAUUUCAUGGAGACUAGCUCAGUGUCGCGAGAUGUACCCUAUGGCGAGAGUUUCUCUGUUGAGAACUACAUCUCGCUGGAGCCCAGUGGCGAUAGUUGCCUACUAAAGGUAUCCACCGCGGUAAAGUUCACAAAGUCGAUAUGGGGCGUACGUGGCCUCAUUGAGAAGUCGGUUAUUCAGUCCAACAAGGACUUCUUUGUCGUCUGGGUCAAGAUGGCACGCAAAACACUGGAAAACCCUGUGGCCGCGGAGCAGCAGAGACACUAUGACCUGAACGGUAGUGUGGCGAUGAUCAAUGGUUCGCCACUCUCGUCCUCUCCAAUGGGAUCAAACACACCGCCAUUGGCAACAGGAAACAAGAGUCAAACUUCACCUUUAAAGACUUCUCCAACGACCACAACAGCCACUGUCCCUGUUGUCGCUGCUGCCUCUGCUGGGGCACCGGCUCCAUUGUCAAUGCCAGUACCAGUGACAGCAACAGUACCAACGAUGUUAGCCACUAUGUCUAACGCCCAACAACAAGGCGAUCACACUACUGCUGGGCCAAUGCCUAUCAACUAUGAGGAGAUCAAGAGAUUGUUCUUCCAGCUAUUCCGAGAGACACAGAACCCUCGAACAGUUAAGCUCAUAUCACAACGCACCGAUCAACAUGUGGCCAACAUAACGAUACAUGUUCAUUAUACUGUCGGUCAUGUCAUCCAGUAUCUCAUACCACAGGCACUGCCAGAGUUAACAACCAAUCAGAACUUUGAAGUAUUCUGGCUGGACAAACAGAACAUCAACAGUUUAUUCUUUUCCAAAGAUAUGGAUCUUCCUAUGUUGAACUAUCUCCAAAGUCAGGCAAUCAAGAAAUCACUUUGCUUUGAGGUGAUACAGUCUGGAAAGCGUGCGAUCAUAAAGAGCAAUCAUUCCUCUGGCAUCUCAUUGUGA